GUUAAGACUAGUUUUGGAAGGCCCAAACUAUUUAUCAAAGGCCCAUGUUCUCCAACGACAUAAUGAUAUAUCCUCUAUAUAUUUCCACCAAAUUAGGGUUUACUGUAACUUCGGCUGCCGUGAGUGCUACACCUUCGAUUCUUCAAAAUGCCGAAGCAAAUUCACGAGAUCAAGGACUUCCUUCUUACUGCAAGAAGGAAGGAUGCACGAUCCGUGAAGAUCAAAAGGACCAAGGAUAUUGUCAAGUUCAAGGUUCGCUGCUCAAAGUACCUGUACACCCUAUGCGUUCAUGACAAAGACAAGGCUGAUAAGUUGAAGCAAUCUCUUCCUCCAGGUUUGAGCGUGCAAGACCUUUAAGCUGUAUCUUUCAAGAUUGGAAGACCUUUAAGUUAUUGUUAUGUGGUUAGUUAAUGACUGUUUUGUUUGCUACAAGGGAUAUUGCAGUGUUUAAUUUUGAAUUUUUGAUUAUACUUGGUUGAUGUUAAUGUUAAUUCGGAUGGAUGGAUGUUAAUCUCAUAUCAUGGUUUUUGAUUA